AUAAAUUUAUAUUUUUACAUUGAAAAAUGCUAAUUAAUCAUCGUCUUUAAAAUGUUAAUGAAAUAAACAAAAUAAAAAUAUUUAACAAAAAGUACUAUUUAUCAUAUUAAAAAUAGAAAAAUGAUUUAAUUUUUAAAAAUAAUUAAAAUAUUAAGUAUAAUGUAAAAGUUUCUUAAGUAUAGUGUAUUUAUAGUACUUCAAAGUAAAUAACUAGAUAUUAGCAAAAUAUUACCCAUCACUUUAUUUUUAAAUAAAUACAAAAAUGUGUAGUAACCUACGAAUAUGCUAGUAAUAUAAUUACCCAAGAAGUUAAUAUUUUUUAAAAUAUGAAACGAUUAUCAUGUAAUUAAGUAAAGAAAAAGAAUUUCAAUGUCGAAAGAGUAAUAAUAAUAUUACUGGUAUUUUUAAUUUUUAAAAGUGAAAAUAAAAAUUCUCUAUUAUUAAUAGUUAACGUAUUUGCCAUCAAAUUUCUAAAGUGAAUUUGGGAUUUGCUUUAAUAAUAAUAAUAAUAAACUGUGACAUAGCCUGAGCAGGUCUAUAACUAUUAGCAUCGCAUACGAAGGAAGCAUCUAAGAUUCCGAAAUCAAGCUUCCAAAAAACCUCAUUAGCACUAUAGGAAAGAGCCACCUGGUCCUCACUCCUUUACCUUUGUUAGUUCCACAAGUAACCUGAUUCUACAAAAUUUGCAGUAGUUUCUAUAUCACAAAAUCCACUUCUAGCAAGGCUAUGAACAAACCUUCUGGGCUUCUCCGAGCCCCUCCCACGUUAGCUCAAAUGGGUCACAGUCAGUUUUCUUGUAACAUAAAACUUGUGUUGAUGGGGCUGGCUUUGUUAGCCAAAGUGACAUGGGAGGACAAAAUAGAAGCUCCAUCAAGUGAUCUUUUCUGCAUCAGUGACUGUGCCACAUGUCCUGUAAUAUGUUCACCUCCUCCUCCAAUUCUAAUAACAAAAUCAUAUCCUCCACCAUCACCUUCUGUACCCCAUUAUCCAUCACCUUCUUAUUUCACCUUCUCACCACCUCCUCCCAAUUCGCCACCAUCCCCUUCAUCACAUUCAAGUGCUCCUCCCCCACCACCUCCUUUCAAGUCCUAUACACCCCCUUCAGGUUCAGCACAGCCACAGCCUACAGUGAUCGUAGGGCCACAUGACUUUUCCUAUCCAUAUUACUAUUUUUAUGCUUCCGCUGCUUCUUCUCUUUCCAAUCAUGCACCCUUUUUGGUCUUGUUAUUGCUCCCAAUUGGGUAUUCUAUUGUUGGUAACUGGUAGUUUUGUACUGUAAGGGAAGGUUAUAGAAAAGUUGAAAUGUUUUUGUUUGGGGAAAAGUAGUGCCUCGUAUAUGUUUUUGUUUAUUCUGGGUCUAGUGAUGUUAAGGAAUAAUCGAAUGGAAAUAUAUAAUUUUUGUUUGUUUGCCAACGUAUCUGUGUAUCUUUUAGUGCAGUAAUCAAAUAGAUUAAAAUUGAAGUUCCCUCUAGCGAAAAUCAUGUUGAGUGUCCCCACCUUUGCGAUAAUUUUGUUGCCAACAAUUUUUGUUGCAAAUUCUGUCCCUUCUCACUUUUGUCUUAAUUGUUCUCGUUUGUCCUGUCUGGGGUGUCUGCCACUGAAUGUUCGAAGUUUAUGUGGUGAAGAUUCAAUGAGAAGGGAAAGGAAAGGAAAUUAUCAGUCGAGUAUUUUAGAAUCAACGGCUAAAAGCAAAAUAGAUGAUUGGGGAAUGUCUAAAGGAAAACGCAAAUUCUGCCUAUUACUUUUUAUUUCUAAUAAGGGCUUAUUGCUAUUACUGUACUGUACAUUCUAAUUGAGGUUUUAAAUUGUGGAGUUAAGGUAGCGUUAAAAUGUUCCGAAAUGGUUAUAAAUAUGAUCAAAAUAUUUUUAUAAAAUUUAGAUAAUAUUUUAAAUUAAUUUUUAGAAAUAGAUUAGGCUUAAUUUUAAUGUUGAGUAUCUACACGUGUCCGAUCUAAUUUAUAACUUUCGAUUUAAUGGCUAAAAGGACCCAAUCUUGAGAUGUGGCUACAAUAUAUUAAAAGAAUAAAGUCAUAUUAGCUGAGAUUGUAAUGAUUCCUCAUUUUAUAUUUCACUUUAUAUAAUUUUUUUUCACUUUUUUGUAUUAUAAAAAUGUCUUUCGUUUCAAUCAUUUCAACGUUAAAAAGCAUUAAAAUGAACUAUGUUUUAUACGAUUAAGAAAUAAAAACAAAAAGUUUAUUUAACUCAAGAUUAAGAUGAAUUAAUGUGAGGGAUUACAGUAUAAUUAAUUCAAUGAAAAAAAAAGUACUCUUAAUGGAAACCGGAAGAAAAACUCGCAGCUAGUGGAGCAUACUAACGUCUUUGUAAUGCACCGAAUCCUCGGAUUUCGAGAUAAAACUUUGACAAAGUGCUACUUAUUUCUUGUUUAUAUUCAAUAAAACUGAUAUCAAUUUUGACAAAAUACGUAGACGUGUCUUUUAUCCUUCUUUUGUAUGGAGUCUAAGCAGGAAAGAUUUUCUACUUUAAACUACUUUACGCAACUUAUUUUAUGCUACUUUGCUGGAAAGAUUUAUAAUUCGUGGAUGAUGUCCGAGUGU